AUGCGUAUUCUCCGAGGUUCCUCAACUUCACUCUUUCAGGAUUCUCAAAUUAGACAGCUAAUCCAGCAAUGUUCGACCCCGAAGCUUCUGGAUUCUGCUUUAGCAGCCAUGAUCAAGACCAGUCAGAACCAAGAUUGUUACUUGAUGAACCAAUUCAUCACUUAUGCUUGCACUUCCUUCAAGCGUCUUCGUCUUCAGCUCGCGGUUUCCUCCAUGAACCAGAUGCAGGAACCUAAUGUUUAUGUCUACAACGCGUUGAUUAAUGGCUUCGUUACUUGUUCUUACCCAAUUCGAUCUCUGGAACUUUAUGUUCGUAUGCUCAGGGACUCUGUUUCUCCAUCAAGCUACACAUACCCUUCAUUGAUAAAGGCUUCUUUUUCCGCUUCUGGGUUUGGUGAAUCGGUUCAUGCGCACAUCUGGAAACUCGGGUUUUGUUUCCAUGUUGAGAUUCAGACGACUCUUAUCGGUUUUUAUUCGGCUUUCGAUAGAAUCAGGGAAGCUAGGAAAGUGUUCGAUGAAAUGCCUAAGAGAGAUGGUAUUGCUUGGAGUGCAAUGGUUUCUGCUUAUCGAAAGGUCUUGGAUAUGGACUCUGCGAUUUCUUUAGCUAACCAAAUGCCAGAGAAGAAUGUGGUGGCUACAUGGAAUUGUUUGAUUGAUGGAUAUAUGAAAUUAGGCAGUGUGGACCAGGCAGAGUCAUUGUUUAAUCAGAUGCUUGUGAAGGAUAUAAAAACAUGGACGACUAUGAUCAACGGUUACUCGCAUAACAAGAGAUAUAGAGAAGCAAUCUCAGUGUUCUGCAAAAUGACAGAGGAAGGGAUUAUUCCUGAUGAAGUUAAUAUGUCAACUGUUAUUUCAGCUUGUGCCCAUCUCGGCAUGCUGGAUAUAGCUAAGGAGGUUCAUAUGUACAUGGUGCAGACCGGGUUUGUUCUUGAUGUCUACAUUGGUUCUGCACUGGUAGAUAUGUAUUCAAAAUGCGGUAGUCUAAAUCGAGCGCUUUUGGUAUUCUUAAAUUUGCCAGAAAAGAAUCUCUAUUGUUGGAAUUCGAUCAUUGAAGCGCUUGCGGCUCAUGGUUAUGCACAAGAAGCUCUGAAAAUGUUUGCCAAGAUGGAGAUGGAGUCUGUCAAACCCAACGCAGUUACUUUUGUGAGUGUUCUAACUGCGUGUACUCACGCAGGUCUUGUAGAAGAAGGCCGGAAGAUAUAUCGUAGCAUGAUUGAUGACUAUUUCAUUGACUCUAACAUUGAACAUUACGGAUGCAUGGUUCAUUUACUCAGCAAAGCUGGGUUGAUCAGAGAGGCUCUUGAAUGGAUUGGAAGUAUGGAAUUUGAACCAAAUGCGGUUAUCUGGGGGGCGUUGCUUGAUGGGUGCAAACUUCACAAGAAUCUAGAGAUAGCUGAGAUAGCGUUUAACCAACUGAUGGUUUUGGAGCCGAGGAAUACUGGGUAUUAUUUCCUCUUAGUUAGCAUGUAUGCAGAAGAAAACAGGUGGAGAGAUGUUGCAGAGCUUAGGGGAAAGAUGAGAGAGUUGGGUAUAGAAAAGAUAUGUCCUGGGGCAAGUUCGAUUGAGAUCGAUAAACAAGUCCAUCUGUUUGCUGCAGCGGAUAAAUCACACUCAAAUUCAGAUCAGGUUUGUUCGUUGCUCGAGGAGAUUAAUGAGCAGAUGGGAUUAGCUGGAUAUGUGCAGGAAACUGAGAAUGUAUAUUAA